AUGGGAUCCGCCGGAAAUUCAUCGGAUUCUGAAAUUAGAGAACAUCGUAUUCCCGAAGAAGCUGUAAAAAUACUGAAAUCUAUGGCACUAAAAUGGGACGAUAUUACUGAUGCAGAUGCGUUGCAGGUUGUUCCAUUGAAAGGAGCCAUGACUAACGAAGUUUAUCAAAUCAGGUGGCCUACGAAUUCUGACAAGGAAUCGCAGUACCGUUCGAGGAAAGUGGUGGUGAGGAUUUACGGUAAAGGGGUGGAUGUAUUCUUCGACAGAGAAAAUGAGAUUCGUACGUUUGAGUUCAUGUCGAAACAAGGACAGGGGCCGCGUUUGCUGGGGCGGUUUUCCAAUGGCCGUAUAGAAGAGUUCAUUCGUGCUCGGACACUUUCAGCAGCUGAUUUGCUUGAUUCAGAGAUAUCUGGCCUUAUAGCAACCAAAAUGAAGGAAUUCCAUGAUCUUCAAAUGCCUGGGCCCAAGUCUGUGUGCCUGUGGGAUAGAUUGCGCAAUUGGGUUAAAGAGGCUAAACGUUUGUCUACACCAGAAGAAGCCAAAGCUUUCUGCCUGGAUGUCAUGGAAGAUGAAAUAUCAGCACUUGAAAGUAAUCUCUCAAUUGGUCAUCAACACGUAGGAUUCUGCCACAAUGAUUUGCAAUAUGGUAACAUAAUGAUGGACGAAGACACCAGAUCAAUAACGAUAAUUGACUAUGAAUAUUCAAGUUACAAUCCUGUUGCUUUUGAUAUAGCAAAUCAUUUCUGUGAGAUGGCUGCUGACUAUCAUACAGAAACCCCUCAUGUUCUGGACUAUAGUAAAUAUCCAGGUUUUGAGGAGCGUCAAAGAUUUCUGCAUAUAUAUCUGAGUUGUUCAGGCACUCAACCUAGCGACUCAGAAGUGGAUCAGUUGGUUCAUGACGUGGAGAAGUACACUCUUGCAAGCCAUCUCUUUUGGGGCUUAUGGGGAAUAAUUUCGGGGCAUGUGAAUAAAAUUGAUUUUGACUACAUGGAUCCUACCACAAACGUUAUAGCUGACGGCAAGCGAAAGAGUACUGGACAUUGUUGA